AUGGAGUCUGUGGACAAAAGACUUCUCGCGACGACCAUUGAUGGUCGUGCUCGAACAACACCCGAUGAACGCUUUGCAGUCAUCCCACAAGGGUCAGACCUUAGCAGUGGGUUUCGAAACAUUUCAAUGAAGGACCUAGCAGCAGCAGUGAAUUCCAUGUGCUGGUGGAUUGAGAGUACAAUUGGACCUGCGAAAUACCGGGAAACUCUGGCUUACCUGGGCAACAAUGAUAUACGCUAUUUCAUUUUCAUGAUUGCUUGCCAAAAGACUGGGUACCAGGCUUUCUUCCCUUCGACGAGGAACUCCAACGAAGCCCAUCUUCAUCUUUUAAAAGCAACGAACUGCUCGAAGUUCUUUUUCACUGAGGAGCGCCAGUCACAUGUCUUGGAGAUACAGGCAUUGUGCUCGGGCUUGAGCGUCUUCCAGGCCCCGGCUGUUAAUGAUAUCCUCGAAGGCAAAGGUGGUCUGCACCACUACACUUAUGACAAGUCUUAUGCCAAUGCUGAGGAUGAUACUAUCCUGAUCAUUCAUAGUUCAGGAACAACGGGCAUGCCAAAGCCCGUUUACCUUACCAACGGCUUUUUCAUGACACUUGAUUCCAGCGCCCAUCUCCCAUUACCGACAGGCCGUCAGCCAGCGAUAUACUACCAUCUAGGCCAACAGAACCUAGUUCUGGCCACGACGCCUCUGUUCCAUCUCAUGGGUUUGAUGCCAAUUCUAUUCUCGAUAUGGUUCCACGUCCCCGCUCUUCUGGGUCCUGAGAAGCCACCAUCCGUCGAUUUCAUGAUCGAACUGCUCCAAAAGGGCCGCCCAACACAUGCAAUUUGUGCGCCGUCUGUUCUGGAAGACAUGAGUCAAUCCAGUGAAGCUUUACAUUGCCUGGAGAAACUUGAAUGCGUCAUGUGGGGAGGAGCGCCUCUAUCCCCGGAGACAGGUGACCGGCUGCGAAAGCAUACCAACAUUUUGUCUGUGAUCGGAACCAGUGAAGUCGGUUGGAUCCCUACCCUUGUUCCCGAAGACCCGUCCAACUGGGGCUACUUCGAAUGGAACGAAGCCUACGGUGUGGACAUGCAGGAUAUUGGGGACGGGGUGUACGAAAUGGUCAUUCCACGACAGCACAACGCUCGUGACUUCAAGGGCAUUUACCACACAGACCCUGAAAUCAACGAGUAUCACACCAAGGAUCUCUACACGCAACACCCGACGAACCCACACCUGUGGAAGUACUAUGGGCGCAAAGAUGAUGUUAUUGUUCUGAGCAAUGGCGAGAAGUUCAACCCAAUCAACAUGGAAACUCUCAUUGCAGGACAUCCACUUGUCGGAAAAGCAGUGGUUGUCGGCCAGUCUCGUUUCCAGGCUGGUUUGCUCAUUGAAGUGGACCAUGGGGUUGCGGAUAUGGACACCAAAGUCUUCAUCGAUGAAAUUUGGCCGACCGUUCAGAUGGCUAACCAGACCAUUGCUGCUCAUGGACGGGUGAUGAAGAACAAGAUCGGGUUCGCCUUGAAGGACAAGCCUUUCCAGAGGACCCCUAAAGGCAGUGUGAAGCGCCAGGCUGUUCUGAAAGACUACGCGGAUGAGAUCGACGCACUUUAUGCAGGCGCAUCAGAGGAUGAUAUGGAUCAAAUCCUCCCGGAUACCUUGAACGAGGAGAGUGUUCCGGCAUUCACCCGCCAGGUUGUUGCUCACGUCCUGGAACGUUCUGAUUUCUCCAACACCCAAACCUUUGACAGCGCCGGUCUUGACUCUUUGAUGACCAUCCGAGUCUCUCAGUUGCUGCAAUGGGGAAUUCAGAAGCGUCGCCCAGAGGUGGAAGCGAAUGCUAUCAAUCCACAGGCGAUCUAUAGAAACCCGACGGUAGACCGACUGUCUCAAUUUGUGGUGACCAUUUUGGAUGGAAAGUCCCAGGUUGAAAUCCCACGAGAGGAGAAGAUUCAAAGCUUGGUGGACAAGUACACGUCUGAUCUCCCAAUCCGGGAAGCACACCUUCAAACCGAAUUACCUACGCCUACGACUGUGAUUCUGACCGGCUCAACCGGCUCCCUGGGGAACUAUCUACUUCAUUCUCUUUUGAGUGACAAGCGGGUGUCGAAGGUCUACUGCCUCAACCGUUCGGAGGCCAAGGCCCGCCAAAAGCAAGGCUUCGAAGCCAAGGGUCUGCACCUCACUGCAAACGACUGGCAAGAGCGAGUUGAGUUCCUGCAGGCCUCCUUCGGAGCGCCCAGAUUUGGCCUUGACGAAGCCAAGUACCAAGCGCUCCUCAGCUCGGUCGACACGAUCAUCCACAACGCCUGGAAAGUUGACUUCAACCACUCGGUUGACUCUUUCGAAGAUACCCACAUUCAGGGUGUCCGUCGCUUCGUGGACUUCAGUCUGAGCAGCCGGCACAAUGCCCAUCUGCAUUUUGUUUCCUCGGUCAGCACGGUAGGCGGCUGGACACCUGAUAUGGGAGCCUCGGUUCCAGAAGUCCCCAUGGAAGACAGCGCGGUGGUACUCCCCCAAGGGUACGGCGAGUCCAAGCACGUCGCCGAGCGCAUCUGUCUCGAAGCGUCGCGACGAUCUCAAGUGCCGACGACAGUGUACCGUGUCGGCCAGAUCGCCGGGCCCCAAAGUUCAAGCGGACAAUGGAAUCCGCACGAAUGGCUACCGACCAUCAUCGCGACCUCGAAGACCCUGGGCAAAAUCCCCAACCGACUUGGGUCGAUGCCGGUGGACUGGGUCCCAGUCGACACCUUAUCUGAAAUCCUAGUGGAGAUUGUUCACACACGUCAUAGGGGUGCUUCUCCAGCCGUGUUUCACCUGACGAAUUCGGAACUCGCGCCGUGGUUGUCGUUGAUCCCGGCGGUCCAGGAGGCGUUCCCAGUCGAGCCUGUGGAUUAUGCCGCGUGGGUUGCCGAGCUAGAAAGUAUCGCCAAUCCCAGCGCCGAGGAUCUGGCUUCCAUGCCUGCGCUCAAGUUGUUGCCAUUUUACCGGGGGCUGCAGGAUGAGGGAAGCGCCAUGUCGGUGCCGCUGGAUGUCAGCUGGGCCAAGGUGGCAAGUCAGAGUAUGAGGGCGUUAGGACCGGUAUCUGCCGACAUGAUGCGGAAUUGGUUGUCGCAGUGGCGGUUUUGA